UAAUCAAUGUCAUAAACCAAUAUUUUUUAAUCGAACGGUUUAUUUUUUGUACGUUUUUUCUUCUUUGCUUUAUUAUGUCGAUGUUUAAAUCUGUAAAAGUGAGAUAUCCUAGAUUAAAAAAGAGAACAGCAGAACAGAAACCGGUAGGCACUCCUGAACCAAGACGAACAACAAUGUACGACGUUGUGCUGGAUAACUUUAAACUUGCUUCUAGAAGAACGUUUUUACACAGAGUAAUAUACAUAGGGGAACACAAUUUCAUUACACCCGAUUUAUUAACGAGUGUUUUUUCGGAAACAGUAAACAAAGCAAAUCGUAACGACCGCCUUAUAGAAAAAAUAACAGGUUUAUUGAUUCGAUACCCUAAACAUUUUAUACACUUAUUAGAAGGAGACGAGGAUGUAAUAUACAGUCAAAUAGGUUACUUAUUAAUUACCAAAGCAUAUAAAAAAUAUUUGGGAAAUAUGAAAUUAGUAACCAACAUAUCUCAUGUUCAUUCUAGAUACGCGAAUGACUGGCUAAGUGUUAGUGGGCUUACGCCACACUUACUAGAAUCAUUAGAUCCUGAUGCACCAAUAGAUAUAUAUGGACACUAUACAAUUAUAUUAGUUACUAAAAUAUACAAAGUUCUUAAAAGAAUAAAUAAAACCUUGUGCGGAUCUAUAUGUGAUGGUACAAUAGAAUCUGGGCACUCAGAACAUUCGUUAAAAUCAUCCGUUGAACAAGAAUCGUCUUACACCAACCAAUCUACAAGAUUAUCAAUUGGUAUGUCAUCCUUGUAUAAAGCAAGCAUUAGUGCAAUUACUUCGCUGAGCGGAUUUAGAAGUGCAUAUUAUGAACCCCUUUUGUUACGUUUGCCGGAGUUGGAGUUGGUUAAUUUUAUUCUAGGAAGCAACUAUGUGAUGAACAUUGUAGAUUAUUUUAAUCUUUAUGGAGUCGUUCCCCAAAGAGAUAUCUACAAGGACAAAAUUUGGCCAAUUGCAGCUGAUUUCAUUCCCUAUGACGUCUUUUCACCGAUCUUUAACAUGCCCACGUCGUUUCCCAAAACAAAUGCUGUACAAACUGAGCCUACUGACCCUGAGCAGGACAUCGAUCCCACUCCUAUACUAAGAGAAGCUGUCCUGUUUCAAGAUUUUUGAACAAAUUACUGAGUCAUGAGGAGGAAACUAACUAAUAGUUUUUUGUUAUAUCACUACAAUUAUUAAUAAUAAAUAACAAGAUUUA